GGCGCCGCUUGCGUCAUACGAGCGCGGGGCAGUCCUAACGCACGCGACUGCAGGCCAGCUGGACAACCGGGACUAUGAGAAAGAGCAAUGACCUUCUGUGGAAAAAACACCUCGUAGCAAGUUGGUCUAAUUUUCAGAAACGCUUCUGACAAACAUCCUUUUUAAUGGAGGCCGGACACUUUAGGAGGAGUAGAUGUCAGCGGAGCUCCUUCAUGCUGAGCUCACCUUUGUGUUCCAACCAUAUGGCUCUGAUCAUUGUGACUGCAGGAUAAUGAGCUUAGUCCUGAAGACCUUACUGCCCCUCAACAGGGCAGCAGUGUUCUUUAGGGCAUAGAAGUGAAAACAAACUUUUAAUAAAUUCAUGUAGGAAGCCUUCAAAUACCUGUUAAUUAACAUGAUGAUCCUUGAGUGACCUUUGGGCAUUUCAGCUGGAGUUUUGGGACUCGGGCUCGGAUUUCUGUGAUGAGGACUGUCUGGGGAUGGGAGGAGCUCACGUGGGGGGCAGCUUCAGGGCAGCCGUCGACCGCCUGGACCUGAGUGAAAUCUUCUUCUCCAAUGAGGAAUACUACAGCAAGCUGGAGGAGCUGAAGAGGGCCCACGAACGCACCAUGGCAGAGCUGGAAAGCAUGUACCAGCAGAAGCUGCAGCUCAGGUCCGGUGAAGCUUUUGAUAUGAAGGCCCUGGAUAUCGGUCACAGACUACAGUGGACAAAUAUGAGUCCAGCAACGUCACGUCACUGUUUGAGGAAGUCCCACUCUGCAGGCGAACUCAGGCGAGAUUCUGUGCUGUCCGACUCUUCAGAGGAGGACGAUGCUCCCAACGAUGUGGAGAAAGGUCUGCUUUUCUCUCCCAAGGAGCACAUCAAGAACAUGUGGAGGGAUUUCAAAGUGUCCUCGUACAACCACCAGCUGUCCUCCUCCCUGCAGAGUCUGCAGGGGGGGCAGAAGAAGGCCCAGCAGAGGAGGCAAGGGAAGAAGAGCGGACGGCGGGACAAACACAGAGUGACCGUCCCAAAGCCUUUCCACAUGACUCUGCGGGAAGCCCAGAGGCGAAAGCUCGGCAUAAAGACGCGUUCAGAGAUCGAACUGGAGAACAUGGAGCUCCGUCGACAGCUGGAGGAGGUGACAGAAUGCCAGAGAAAGUUCCGUGCCAGCCCGGUUCCCGCGCACGUUCACCUCCCGCUCUACGAAGAGCUCCGGGAGCGAAGCGAGGAGAGGCGACGGACCCUGCAGGAGCGAGAGGAGAAGCAUCUCGGAACCGUUCAGAAGCCCUUCAGCUUCAUAGAGAGAGAGCGGCUGAAGAAGGAGCAGAAACAGCAGGGUCAGCCGUCUGACCAGGAGAAGGUCAAACCCUUCAAGGCUAAGCCCGUCCCCAAGUCUGUGUACGCUGCAGCUUCAGGAGAACAACUGAAAGAGGAGCAGCUGUACAGGUCCAUCAAGAUCCAGAUGAGGGCCCAGGAGAUGCUCCAGAGCUCGUCCAUGCCGCCCAGCAUGCUCACUCGACGUCUCAGUGACCGUAAGAAGAACAAAGAUGGCUCUGCAGCGGAAGGAGCUGGCAGCUUCUCCCACCGGCCACAAAUCAACAAAGAAGUUCCAGACUUUGACGCCAAGCACAGACGCUUCCAGAAGCACCUGGAGAAGCGAAAGGAGGUCAAACCCACCACCACAUGUGAGCCCUUUGAACUGAGGACGUCACAGAUCUCCUCCCACAAAGAGCGCAUCCUGGCCGAACUGGAGAAAGAGCAGAGCAGCCCUCGGAUGCGGCGCUGGCCGUGCGUCAGCCCCGGAGCCGUGCGCACGCCAAACUCCAGCCUCUGCUCAUCGCUCUCAGGCAGCCUGGAACUCCUACCUGCCAAAAUCACAGACGCCACAAAAAAACGCCACGAGGCCGUGAGAAAGGCGCUGGAGCAGAGGAAGAAGGCUGAAGAGGAGGAGGAGCGCUGGAAAGAAAAGCAGAGGCAGAGAGAGAAGAAGCUGCAGAGGGAGGUUUUAAAACGCGCCCAAGCCAACGACCCCCACCUGGCCCUUUCACAGACCAACCAGAGCAAACUGAAAGAGUUCAGGAAACAAGACAUUCAGCGCAAAAAGGAAUACAAGCAGGAGGUUAAAGAGAUGCAGCAAAGAGUGAGAGGAAGACCACUGCUGUUGGAGCAGGUUGCACAGAGGAAUGCCAAGCAGGCAGCAGAGAAGCGCUACAUCGACGCCCUGCACGGAUGUGACCUGACUGAGGAGUUCAUCAAAGGCAAGGCCCCGGAAUCAGCUUCACUGCGCAAAGCAUCUCUAUCCAGUGACAACAGACAGAGUGAGGUGGAGGAGGCAGAAACGGAUUUUGAACGUGUUCAGUUCCGAAGGGUCUUUGUGGAUGAUGAAGACACUGAUAAUCCAGGUGGAAGAGAAGAGGAGGAGGAGAAUGGAAAAGCUUCAUCGAGCCUCCAAAGCAGCGGCGACGCCAGUGAUCCCAACACAGACGAUGACAACCAAAGCAAUGAGCAGCACUACUCUGAUGAAAGUUACCACUACUCGGAUGAUCAUGAGAGUUACUCAGAGGACAGCCAGCCCGAUGACAGCAAACAGCAGGAAACAGAACCGUGAUCUCAACGUGGGAGUCGCACAACUUCCAAUGUUUUAAUAUUUUAAUAUGUUACAGGAACGGUUAACACCAAGAAUGAAAGAUGAAUGAAAAGAGAUAGACAGUAACUAGCAGUUGUUUAUUCUUCCUAAGAAAAUAAAUGCUCUGUUUUGGACUCAUUGAUUUCAAACCGUUUGUGGAUAACUUUGAAUUAUUAGAAAAAGAAUCCUACAUUUUAAGCAUCUCUGAUCAUCUUUACUGUAUGUAUCUGUAGUGUAUUUACAUUUUCAUUUCAGUGCUCUUCAACACAUUUCAUUAUUAUAUUUAUUCGUUGCUUGAGCUGGAAGUGGAAGAUUCUACUUUACAAUUGCGUUUGAAGGUUUGUUGGAAAUUAAGACUUUUUUAGCAGAUAUUUUUUAAAGUCCCUACCUGAGCAUCUUUUGAUUUUUUUUUAAAAGUUUUUCCAGUGGGUCUUUUAUUUAGGAUUGUACUGUUUUUACCCAAAAAUAAAAAAAAUAAAACGGU